AUGCUUUUGACAUUGAGCAGACCUAUCCGCCAUGCUUCCCGCCCACUGUUCGCACACCUGCCCAAAAUUCAGCCAGAGGUCGGCCGAGUCCGUGCUUUCGCAUCGGCAGGAAAAGAUGCAGAAGCCCAGGGAAAGACCGAAGGAGACAGUGGAGAAUCCAGGAAAGUCAAUGAGAACGUGCAAUUCACUUGGAAGUCGGCCAUUUUCACUUGCUGCGUGGGAGGGUUCUGUAUAUGGUAUUAUGACUAUCUGAAAGACCGCAAGGAGUCAGAGUCCCGAGCCAUUACCACACAGGAGCGAAUCGGCGUUCCUAGACUUGGUGGUGCCUUCGAGCUGGUUGACAGGAAAGGCAAGACUGUGACCGACAAAGACUUCUUGGGUCAGUACCUGCUGAUCUACUUCGGGUUUACGUUUUGUCCUGACAUUUGCCCUCAGGAGAUGGAGAAGCAGACGCGAGCGAUUGAGAUGCUUGAGGCAGAGUUCGGGCCCAUCGCAACACCAGUCUUCAUUAGUGUCGAUCCCAAGCGGGAUCUCCCUGCAAUCGUGGACGACUAUUGCAAGGAGUUUCAUCCACGAAUUGUCGGCUUAACUGGUACGCCGGAACAAAUCAAGAAGGUGAGCCGUGCAUACAGAGUCUACUACAAUGAAGGCUUGAAGACAGAUGAUGCAGAUUACCUGGUCGACCACUCGAUCAUCCACUAUUUCAUCGGCAAGAACGGUAAAUUUCUCGACUUUUUCGGAAAAAACAUGACUGCAAAGGAGAUGGCCGACAAGAUGAGAGGGUACAUUCGGCAGGAUCAAGAGAGCACGAAGCAGCGAAAGCAGCGCCGAGGCGUAGAAAGCACAGACGAGGAAUGA